AUGGAUCGCAACGACUCCACGGAGUACAACGCGAAGGUCGAAGUCGAGCAGAAUGUUGCCAACAUAUCCGGCGCAGCACGCAAUGCUGAAAGAAAGCUGCGACUCAAGAUCGAUCUGGUUUUUGCUAUCAAGGGCAUCUUGACAAUUGGCAUUGCACUGGUCGCCUUCAUCACCUUGAUAGAUUGUCCUGAGAUUGCCCGCUGGCUCAGCGAGGAGAAGAAGCAACGCAUCUUCCUUCUUAAUAACAUCACCGUCUCCGGUAGCUCCUUCUUCCUACCAACAAUUAUCUGUACAAUCCCCGGCCGCACAACGGUCCGGCAACAAAUACCCACCUUACCACCCUACAUCGUAGGCGCCUUCUUCAUCCUCGUCAUCCUAACACUCAGCUGGCGAUACAACCAUGGGCAGAUCUUCAUCUCCAUAAGCGGGCCGAGUAUUAUCGUUGGCUACUCUAUCUUCCUCGCCACCCUAAACGCAAAUAUCCGCUACGUAGCCGUCUUCCUCUGUGCAAGCGCAGCCUUCACCCUAGGCGCUAUGUGCAACGCGUAA